CUAAGAGUCCGCGUGCAGUACUACGUUUCCAUAAUGCACAGUGUUAUUUUGAUCCAUGUCUUGUUUUGGAAUACAACUCAGUUUUUGUUCUGUUUUCUUUCAUUAGGUUUUAAGGUUAUUUAAAUACCAUGAUGCCGGGGGAGAACCAGUCUGGGGCCGAAGGAAUCGUAUCCGAAGCUACUUCUGGUACUUGUCAAAACUGCACUGUUUUAAAUCAGAGCCUGGAUGAGUAUGUGGCUGCUUUACUGACGCUAAAACAGAAGAUUAUAGACACAGACCUCUUGUUGAGCGAGUACAAAGAGAAGUGUGAUGAGCUUCAGAAAUCGCAAAGAGAGAGCACUAAGCUGCACAAAGAGCUGGAUGAGGUGCUGCUGAAACUCGGCCCAUUAGAAAAGCAGACGGCGGAGUACGAGGCAGUCAGGGCUGAGCUGGAGGAAACCACGGCUGCCUUGAAAGUGUACCAGGCGAAAUCUGAGGAAGUGGAUGGUUUGAGAGAAGAUAACACGAAAGUACUUGCUGUGAAUGCAAAACUUGAAGAAACUCUCAAGGAGGCAGAAGAUGCUGCAGAUACGCUGAAUCUUGAAAAUACCAAGCUGAGAUCGGAAAAGAAAAUGCUAGAAAGUGACCUGCAGAAGACUUUGGAGUCUCUCAGCCUGAGUCAGCAGGCAGUUGAAGAGGUGGAGAAUCUGAAGCUGCAGAACGCGAAGGCACUCAUUCUAAAAAGCAGCCUUGAAAAUCAGCUUCUGGCACUUGAAGACAAGAACAUCAAGCAAAAUCAUACAAUCCGAGAACUGAAGAGCAAAAACAAUAGCCUUGAAAAAAGCAUCACUUUAAUAGAGGAAAAACUUGCAACGUUAGAAAAAGAGUUUAACAAAGAGAAAACAUGUUCUUCUACACAAACUGAGAAUGAGCCAAAAGUUGACAAAGCUAAAGUCUGGACCCUCCUCCAGGAAGUCUGGCAUUGUGUGGACCCUCCAUCCAAAACACCAGAAAAUUUAGACUUGUAUGACGAUCAGCACUUAGUGUUCAGAUCUUCACGAUCUCCUCCUUGUCCACUUCCUAUCAGUCCAUUUAGAAAUCCAAUGCCUCAGUCAACUGUCUCAACUCCAAAAGGACACAGUAUGUCUACAGAAAAAAGUAAAUCUGAAUCUUCAUUAGUAGAAGCAAGCAGUCCAAGUCAAGUUCAGAAAAAAAGAAAAAUGGGCAAGAAGAAGAAAAGAAGCCUGGGGUCUGAGGAUCUGGAUGAAAGCUCUGCAAAGACUCAUGAAGUUGGUGAUUUAUCACUUAAUAAAGAUGGUCCUGUUGAUUAUGUAUUAGAGGAAGAAAGCUGCAAUAAAACCCCUGAUAUAUGGGAAAUUCUCAGCCUCUCUUGGCCUUUGCCAGCACCUUUAUCUCCACUGCCUCCUGAUGAGUUGGCUGUGAUGGAGGUUGACUCAAGUCUGAAAGAGAGUUCAAUUUCAAAAGCUGAAGAUGGCCAAAAAUCACAGUCUGCAGAGCCAAAUCCUUUAGAAGAUAGUGUUGCAGUUUCAUCCGUUUGUUUAUCUCCAGGAAACCAACUGAGUAUGGAGACAUCAUUCACUCCUGAUACUGAUAAAAAAAGCCUUCAUAGAAUUUUAGCAGAGAGCCAAGAAAUGCAAGUAGAAAAGAUGUGCAAGAUCUCUGAAGAUUCACCUUGUACAGUUGCAAAAGCAAGUUUGCAGAAUGAAUCUGAUGGGGUGCAUGUUGGCCUAAACCAGACCACAAUAAUCACAGCAGAAUCACAGCUGAGCACCAGGGAAGAAUGUACAACUCAGGUCAACAGUAAACUGCAGUGUAAUGCUGGCCAUGAAGUACCUAAAGCAAAUUAUAAUAAUGGAGUCAGGCAAGGUUCAGAGCCUGUGCAGCAGGUUAUACUCCCAGAGGAGUGCCCAAAUAAAGAAGAUAAAUCUGUCCUGCAACGAUCUGAAGUUAAAGCAAAUAUGCCUUUCCAGAUUUCUCCAACUCCACAAACAUGCUCUAAAAUGGAGCCAGAAAGAACAGUAGUGGAAAUCCAGAAAGUCUUGACUCCUGUUGUCACAACUACAGAUUUAAGGACAACUGAAGAUCAAAACAGCUAUGAUGGAAAAGACAAUGAAUCUUCCUGUACCAAGAUUAAUGGUGUUACUUCUGGAGAGUCCUCAGACGAGGAGUUCUUAGGUCUGAAGAGAAAAGUCAGAGGGAUUUGCUCAAGAACAGGGAAUUUGAACAGUAUUACUUCAAGCAAACCACUAUCAAAUGAAAAGCAAGUAUCUGUAGAUCAAAUUCAGGGAACACACUGUGAAACCAAAGAAGAGCAUUUUCAACAAGAGAAUAAGAAAGAUCAUGAAUGUUUAAAAGACAGCAGCAUGACGAUGAAUAUUGUCAAACCCAUAAUUCUGGAAGACAGUGCAGGGGUAGAUGUUGAGCAAGAAACAGAAUUAACAAAGAAGGAAAAACAUGAAUUGGAGAACUAUCCCAACAACUCUGUUCCAGUUUUUGAUGCACAUAAUCAGCAGAUUGCCUCCAGCAAUGCACUUACCUCAAAUCAAUCACCAGAAUCAAUUGGGAAGGUUCUUAUAGAGAUGGGUCCUCCGCUACCUCCAGUUGUUUUACCAUUGACCGCAACUCCUCCAAAACUUAGGAAGCCCCUUACUCCAAAUAGGCCCAGCAUCCAGUUGCCUAUGUGGUCAUCAACAGAGAGGUCAUUUUCUUUCAAGCAGCAGUCAACAGUACCUUCUCCAGAUCCUGGCCUUCAAGAAGAAGUAAAGACAUCGCUUUCUAUGACCACCCCUUCACCAUCACAUGAAGUUCCGUCUUCCCCUUUGCAGUUUGGAUCAGCAACUCCCAAGCAUGCACUUCCUGUCCCAGGAAGACUACCCUUGUCUGCGUUAAACUCCUCAUCCCCUUGUGCCUCACAGGAAAACUCCAUGCAAAUGCUGGAUACCAUGUAUCCAGAGCUUUCAGCCCAAGCAAGGACUCUCAACAUUCUAAGGGGUAAUGUUAACCUUGGAAGGGCUGCAAAUGAGAGUGGGACAUCCCCACCCGUCAAUCCAAUUUCAGGGAAUAAAUCUAUUAACUCCUCAUCCACAGCUUUCACAAAGACAGACCAGAAGGCAAAAAGAAUCCGUGCAAAUGUGUUACUACCCAAAAGUGCCAAAAGGCUUCGACUUGAUACCUGUUCACCUGAUCCUUCAACUCUUAUCCCUCCAGUGCAGCAAAUUAGUGAUGAUAACCCAAGUAAUGGUGUAGCAUCACCAAAAUACUAUCCAGCAAAUGGUUCAUCAAGCAACAAUAAAAUGGCAAGUAAAGAAGGCAAAACUGUGGAUGAUUCAAAUGAUAGACAGUCCCUCAUCCUCAGUGCAUUAGCAAAACUUCAAAAUUCGUAUUUUGAUGUGUUGCCCAUAAUCAAGAGUCAUGUGUUUCUUGGAAGAAUAUCAGAUGUUCCUGUCCUAAGAGAUGAAGAAAAAUACGUCAUUUCUGAUUUUUGUUUAAACCAGUCUUCCGCAGAGGGGCUCAUGUUGGCCAUUUUGUCCAAGAUCAAGGCAGAGAGAGCUGUUAUGAAACAGGAACUACUGCAGUCUCACUGUAGGGUUUAUGUAGGCUUGUGUCGAUGGAGAGGAGACUGUCAGAAAGCACAUUCCUUUGCCUACAGUCUUCUAAAAGAAGACUUUCCUGAUGCCCCAAAGCUGAUUUUGUUCUUGGUGACAACCUGGCCAACUGCUCUAUCCUACCAUAGCCCUUUGUGCCGAGCCAUUAACAUAGUGAGCAAACUGAAAGCAGAGGGAGAGAUAUUAGACUACCUCAGCAAAUAUCUGCACUGGGAUGAGAGGCCUCCAGGUGACAUCUACGAAAUGAUCACCAGCAUACUAAACACCCUUCUUGAGGACAGCACUUUGAAGUUCCAGAAGCACGAUCGUCAUGGUGAUGACCUCUGCUCUUCUACCUGGGAAUACAUCUUCAGCCUGGAUCUCCUGUGUGCACAACUGGGCUGGAAAUGGACGCAUGACAAUAUUAUAGGAAAACAGCUUUGGCCGGUCAUGAAUGCCUGGGUGAUGCAACCAAGAACUCAGCAAACGCCAGUCCGAGACAUUUGUGUAGCAGCAGUUUUGAGGCUGAUUGGACGACUUGGCCAACUAGGCCUUAAGGAGAAUCUCUGCAUGUCAGUCCAAAAUGUUGCAAAAGCCAUAAACCUGUUUGGGAAACAUGGAAUAUCAGAAGGUGUGCCGUGGGAGGUGCAGCUUUCGGCAGUCUACACCAUUUAUGAUCUGGCGCCCAGCAACCCCAAAGAAGCCUUGGAGGCUUUGGCAUCAUGGCGGGGAGAAAUCACACAGCCAGUUCCCCCAGCCGUCACGAGUUGCAUCACACAGAUUGGCUCCAUCUGUCGUCAGAUCAAAUCAUGAAAUCAAAAGCUGUAGAGCAGUACUGGUGUUUUUAUAUGCAUAUUCUUUACCUUUGUCUCUAUUCAUGUGGAAAGUCUGUGUAGUGGUUGUUUUUUUUUUAAAUGUCCCAGUUCAUUAAUGGUGCUCAUUGUGCAUAUGUAAAUUUUUGUACAUUUUGUAUGUAGCUCUAUUGUUAAAUUAUCAUUAAAACUUGGUUUGUCUCCACAGCAAAAGAAAAA